AUGCGCCGCAAGACGCGCUUCGUCUGCGUCUCCGAUACCCACGGCUACACACCAGCUGAGGCCGGGUUCAAACUUCCAGCUGGCGAUGUCCUCAUCCAUGCUGGCGACCUAACCAACCAAGGUCGAAUAGACGAGCUACGCAAAACCGUAGAUUGGAUUGCUGCGGCGGACUUUGAAGUAAAGAUAGUCAUUUGCGGAAACCACGAUAUCACGCUAGACCCCAACUUCUACACCGAACAUGGGUCGAAAUUCCACGGUAAUCGCCUAGAAGAUCACCAGAAAUGCAUCGAAGUGGUAACUGCAGCAGUAGCAUCAUCUUCGAUCGUGUUCCUCAGGCACGAGUCAGCACUAGUCCGCUUAACCCGGCCUAACGGCCCAAACACUAUCUUUAAAGUGUUUGGAUCACCCUACUCCCAAUCACCCGGGUCCUGGGCAUAUGGAUACGAAUCGACGGACGCCGCUGCGCUCUGGAGUCGGAUUCCAUUGGAUGCCGAUAUUGUCGUGACGCACACGCCGCCUCAUUCCCAUUGCGACAGCCGAGCGACUGGUGGUUCCGUUGGGUGCAAGGCCCUGCGUCAGGUAUUAAGUCGAGUCCGACCUUCUCUCGCAAUUUGCGGCCAUGUCCACGAGUCGCGAGGCUAUGAGCGAGUACGAUGGUCCUUCGGAGGUCUGUCGGAGCAGCACCAGGUUAUCCGCGGGGCUUUACCUCCGCCGGGAAGCAAGAAACAAAGUCUGAUCGACUUGACGGGGAAAAAGGCGCAGCAACGGCGACUAGGAAAUGAUGACUUCUUUUUCGACGGCGAUGCAGUCGUGCUUCCUCCGGAGGGUGGUGAUGUCGAAUCCAGAGAGCCUCGAACAACGUCAUUUUCUACUCGGUCAAGACCAAAACCAGAUGAAUGCCCAAAUGACUCACCAGACUCUCGUUCGCACCGAUGGGAAACCUGCAUCGUCAAUGCGGCUAUCCUGGCUACUAGCUGGCCUCAUCGAGGAGGGAAACGAUUCAAUACUCCCAUCGUUGUUGACUUAGAGCUUCCGACAUGGCGAGAGUGA